AUGGAGGAGAAUGGAUUAGACUAUGACUAUCACUACAGUCCAUCACGAUGGUCUCAUAGACUCAGCCCUGACGAUGUUAUAGAUUCACAUAUCAAAACUGUAAAGGAAGGUACCAGAACAGCUAAAUGGAGUCUAGAGGUAGAAACAGAUAUCAGCUAUGGUCCAACACCGUUUCAAAAACUAGAUGUGUACAUAGACAAAAAAACUUCCAAAAAAGGCAGUCCAAUUUUGAUUUUUAUCCAUGGUGGUUACUGGCAAGAUUUAAGUCGAGAGAUGUCUGGGUAUUUAGCCCCACCUCUAUGCCACGCAGGAGCGACAGUUAUACCAGUCGGGUACGAUCUGGCUCCCUCAGUCAGUAUGGAUGAAAUUGUGUCUCAGAUAAAACGAGCUGUGGCCUUUAUUUUUAAACUUGCCAAAGAAAGACAAUCUAGUGGUAUAUAUCUAUGUGGACAUUCUGCUGGAGCUCAACUAGCUGCCAUCAUGUUGACAUCAGAGUUUGGUGAAGAUGAUGCCUUCGAUUGUGAAUUAAUAAAAGGUGCCUUAUUAGUGAGUGGUGUGUACGACCUUCGACCUCUGGUGUCAACUUACAUCAAUGAACCCCUUAAACUAACAAGCGAGGAUGCAUGGCGCUUUAGUCCGAGUAAUUUUAUAUCAGAAAUAGCCAAUCAGAGCCGAGGACGUGAAAUCUUACUGGCAGUCGGGGAAUAUGAUCCUCCUGAAUUCAGACGACAAACUGGAGAGAUGGAAAAGAGUUUAAGAGACAAGGGAAUAAAAACCCGAUAUUUUGAUAUACCAGAUACCGACCAUUUUAACGUGGUGGAAAAACUACAACAGGAAAACUACACACUUACACAGGUAGGCCUUUACUGUUAUAUUGUAUGA